GAGGGGGUAGGGGCUCUUGCAUAUUCCGCCUCAGAAGCAGAGAUGAAUUUGCUGCUGCUGGGACCUUGCGGUUUCCAGAAGGGGCUGUCUUUCGGAGCAUUCUCCUCAUAGCGCAGCCCAGUAGAAAAAAAAAAAAAAAAGUCCCCGAACUUCAGAGAAAACGAAAUGAGAAAUGGGAAACGCAGGAUUCGUUUUAUGGAGAAAAGUGCAAGAACAAUCAGACAAGUUGAACUUGUUCUGACUAGGCUCAGUUUAAACAUUUUUUAGGAUCACGGCUGGAGGUUUUUACACGAAGAUGUCUGCACGCGCUUCGGUCGCAAGAAAUGAACGACAGUGAAGCGGCUACAACGGGGCAGAACUCAUAAUUUACAACAAUCAAGUUUCUCUAUCAGAGAGCCUGGGACUACAGGACGCAUCGGAACGCCGAUACCUCUCGGAGCGUCUGGAGGAGCUCCUGGAGCGCUGGGACCGCCCGGAUCGGACCGGAGCGCGCCAUGAGGACGGAACACUGAGGCGGAGCGGGGAGCAGCGCGGCGGGACAGCCCCUGUGCUGACGUCCCAAACCUGACCUAAAAUGCGUUUAUUUGCUGCAGAUGUUUCGGAAAAAAGCUUCGUCCUCCUUGAGAAUGAGAAGAAUUUCAGAAAGCAAUAGAUGGAGCAUCGAGCGGGGCCGCAGCUCCUCCUUCCACGAGGUGCGGGGUCUGCGGGAGCCGGAGAUGCGGGCGGCGGCCGAGGAGACGUCCAGCAACAGCAGCGGCAGCAGCAACACGGUGCUGCAGCGCCUCCUGCAGGAGCAGAUGCGCUAUGGCGAGAGCCGGAACUACAUCUCCCAGCAGCAGCAGGGGCCGGGGGGGUACGCACCCCCGGGGGAGGACCACUCCAUGGUGCCCCACAUCGCCCGCCAGGAGCCUCAGGGCCAGGAGCUGCAGACGGACGGCGGGAUGGAGAAGCAGCUGAGCCCGCGGGGCGGGGCGGGGGGCAGCGGGGGCCCGGGCGGGGGCCAGGGGCCCGGCCCCGAGGACCUGCCCACGUACGAGGAGGCCAAGGUGCAGUCGCAGUACUUCCGCGGCCAGCAGCAGCUGCCCCCCUCGGUGGGGGCGGCCUUCUACGUGACGGGCGUGAGCAACAGCCCCAAGGUGCGCACGGAGGGCCGGCCGGCCGCGCAGCGUGUCAGCAGCGGGGGGGGCAAGCUGCUGCAGGACGACGGGCUGAAGGACCUGAAGCAGGGCCACGUGCGCUCCCUCAGCGAGCGCCUCAUGCAGCUGUCCCUCGCCACCAGCGGCGUGAAGGCGCACCCCCCCGUCACCAGCGCCCCGCUGUCCCCACAGCUGCCCCCGCCCGGGGACUACUACAAACCCGCCCCGCACCGGGGGCCCCCGCCCGACUACCCCUUCAGACCCCCCCCCAAACAGCAGCCGCAGCAGGAGCUGGGCCACUACUACCCCCCUGACCCGCGAGCGAGCCAGCACAGCCGCCAGGAACUGCCCCAAGUCCGCUACCAGCCCCCACCGGAGUAUGGGUCCUUCAGGUCCAAUAAGGAGGGCUCAAUCCACUCCCACCGGCCGCCCCCCCACCAGCACAGCCCCACCUCCUCGGUGACGUCGUUGGGGUCGCUGUCCCGCGCCCAGUCCUCCACCCUCAGCAGCCUGAUGGGCGGGCAGCACCCUCCCCCUGUGUCCCACCCUGGGGAGGCCUUCCUGAUGGGCCCCCGCAGCCCCCAGGGCCCCGGCUCCCACAUGGGGGGCGACCACUUCGGCCCCCCCAUGCACCCCCACCCCCAGCGGAGUCACGGCUAUCAGCCGGAGCACUACAUGUCCGCCCCCCGUAGCCACGGACACCAGCACCAGCACCAGCACCAGCACCCCCACGCCCACCCCCACCCCCACCCCCACCCCCACGCCCAGCCGCACCCCCAGCCCCCCCCGCCACAGCCCCAGUAUGCACCGCCGCCCCACGGCCAGCAGGGGGAGCCCUACGCCAUGGUGGCUCGUGCCCAGCAGGGGGAGCCCUACGCCAUGGUGGCCCGUGCCCAGCAGAUGGUGGAGAUGCUGUCACAGGAGAACCACCUGCUCAAGCAGGAGAUGGAGAUGUGCUGCGACAAGGUGGCCAAGCUGCAGAAGCUGGAGACUGAGAUCCAGCUGGUCUCGGAGGCCUAUGAGAACCUGGUGAAGUCGUCUGGGAAGCGGGAGGCUCUGGAGAAAACCAUGAGGAACAAGCUGGAGCUGGAGGUGCGGAGACUGCACGACUUCAACAGGGACCUGCGAGAGCGCAUGGAGACGGCUAACAAGCAGCUCGCCGCUAAAGAGUGCGAAGGGUCGGAGGACAACCGCAAGACCAUCUCCCAACUCCACGCUCAGAAUAAAGAGGCGGUUCGGGAGAAGGAGACGCUGGAGAUCGAGCUGAACUCUCUCCGCUCCGCGAACGAGGACCAGCGGCGGCACAUCGAGAUCCGGGACCAGGCUCUGAACAACGCCCAGGCCAAGGUGGUGAAGCUGGAGGAGGAGCUGAAGAAGAAGCAGGUGUACGUGGAGAAGGUGGAGCGCAUGCAGCAGGCUCUGGCGCAGCUGCAGGCCGCCUGUGAGAAGAGAGAGCAGCUGGAGCACCGUCUGCGCACACGCCUGGAGAGAGAGCUGGAGUCACUACGCAUACAGCAGAGGCAGGGGGGCUCCCAGGCUGGCAGCAGCCCGGAGUAUAACACCGGGGCGCUGAUGGAGCAGCUGCGUGAGCGUGAGGAGCGCAUCCUGGCCCUGGAGGCCGACAUGACCAAGUGGGAGCAGAAGUACCUGGAGGAGAGCGUCAUGAGGCAGUUCGCCCUGGACGCUGCUGCUUCUGUCGCCACGCAGAGGGACACCUCUCUGGGCAUCAGCCACUCCCCCAGCAGCAGCUAUGACACCUCCUCAGUGGAGGCGCGUAUCCAGAAGGAGGAGGAGGAGAUCCUCCUGGCCAACCGCCGCUGCCUGGACAUGGAGAGCAGGAUAAAGAACCUGCAUGCGCAGAUCAUCGAGAAGGACGCCAUGAUCAAAGUGCUGCACCAGCGCUCGCGGAAGGAGCCCAAGUCCGACGCCCCCUCCAGCAUGAGGCCAUCCAAGUCUCUGAUGUCCAUCGCCAACACGGGGGGGACCGGGCUGCUCUCCCACACGCUGGGCCUGAGCGGGAGCCCCAUCACCGAGGAGCGCAAGGACGACCGCAGCUGGAAGGGCAGCCUGGGUGUUCUGCUGGGCCCGGAGUUCCGCACAGACUCGCUCCGGCCCGAGUCCAUCUCGUCCUCCCCCUCCCCCGUGCUGUCCUCCACCCCCAUGGCCGCGGGACACUCCAAAACGGGCAGCCGGGACAGCUGCACCCAGACGGGCCAGGAGUCCGCCAAGCCCGGCACCCCCGCCCUGACCUCCGGCCCCCUGCCCACCCGCCUCGCCAGCCCUAGCCCUGUCUACAUCCCCGACCGCAUCGCAGACGUCCCUGCGUAUCACAGCAGCACCCUGGAGAGGAGGGCCCCGGUGCAGCCACAGUCACAACCGCUGGCCCAGUCUCUGUCCCUCCCGCCCGGGCCGUCUCUGUCCCUCCCGCCCGGGCAGUCUCUGUCCCUCCCGCCCGGGCAGUCUCUCUCUCUGGGGCAGUCUCUGUUUCAGGGGCAGUCUCUGUCUCUGGGACAGGGGCAGUCUCUGUCACAGCAGGACGUGGACAGCGAGAUGGUGGAGAUUCUCAUUUAGAGACCCAACCCCGUAAACACACACUCACUCACACGCUCCUAACCCACUGCAUUACCCUUAAACACACACACUUCAAACCCACUGCAUUACCCUUUAACACACACACACUCACUCACACACUUCAAACCCACUGCAUUACCCUUAAACACACACACUCCCACUUCUGACACACACACACACACACACACACACACACAGGUGAAGGAUCUUCCUCUGUCUUCUUUCUUUAUUUCCUUUCCUUGUUUGAUGUGUUGUCAGUGUGUGGGUGACGUUCAGUGUUUAAAUGUGCUGAGUGAUGAUCAGGCCCUGGACCUUCCCUCUGACGCAGGCCCAGACUGUCGGACCAAAUCUGUUUGCUCCUUUUUUUUAUUGCACUACGUCUCUUUUUUGUUUGUUUGUUUGUUGUUGUUUUUUUUUACUACAAGUGUUUAAGUUGAUUUUCACAGUCUGUCUUUAGGUAUUGUAUUUAUAAGUAGUUUAUAUUUACAGAUAUUAAACGUGGCACUUGGGUAGUUUUUGUAGGAAUUGUAAAUGGCGAAAUCAUUGUAAACCUGUAAAUACUGUAUAAUGAUCCUGUAAGGUGAACGCCUGAGCGCCGUGAUGCACUGUAAGAUAGUAUUGGGCUGAAAGCUUUGAGCUGAGAGUGGGAGACAUUUCUCUGUGACCUGGGCAUAACGCAGAGCGACCCUGCUGGUCCUGGGUCUCGUUGCGGGUUGUAGAUUAGUGUUAAAUCCACACUUCCCUGGGAGUAGUGUCCGUACCGGGAGUAGUGUCCAUCCUUCAUGUGGCCUCAAGCACCAAAAAUUAAACCGCAACGUCUCUCUCCAAAUAUAAUCCUGCAGUUACUCCCGGACAUCCGCAGAGCUUCAUUUGUGCACGGUUUCAUCAAGAACUACUUCUGAUUUUACAAAGAUAAAUCUUUUGGCACUUUGAGGCCACGGGAAGAUGGGAGGUCAGUUUUAUCGGGUUGAGCUGUAGUCUGAAACUCGUCAAAUUUCAGCGAAACUUAUCUGGAUGGACAGACACUACUCUUUCUUAGUGGAAAUGUACUUUAAUGACAUUUUUGGGUGAGCUGCCCCUUUAAGGGCACACUACCCUGGAGUGCUUUGGGUAAACGGGGGGGGUAAGUGCCAUCGCGCCCGAGGGCCUCCUGUCUGUGGCUCUGAUGGCACACAGCUGUGUUAGCCCCGUCUGGCCUGGCUCUCAGCCCCCCGCACCAGGCUGAGAGCCACUCAGACCCCCGCACCAGGCUGAGAGCCACUCCUCUGGCCUCCUGCCCCCUCCUCGCUGGGCUUCAGGAGGUUUACGACCGUCAGUGUCCCCAUUUAACAGUAUUUAUGGGGUCCAGGGGAUGAAAUGCGUGUCAUUCAUGCUAAUGAUCUGACCUGUUCCCCAGUGUAGGGGGGACGCAGAGCAGGAACGAGACCCUCAGUGCAAGGUCUGAAACCACAGUGCAAGUGGCCCCUACACAAGCACUGCCACUGCUAAUGAGCAGGUUCUACACGGUAGCAUUAGCUUUAGCACAGGUUCUAUUCAUCAGCAUUAGCACAGGUUCUACUCAUCAGCAUUAGCACAGGUUCUACACAUUAGCAUUAGCACAGGUGCUACAUAUUAACAAUAGCACAGGUUCUGUAUUGUAGAAUUAGCAUUACAACAGGUUAGCAUUAGCACGGAUUCUGCCAUUAGCAUUAGCACUGGUUCUGUACUGCUGCAUUAGCAUUAGCGCUGUGUAGUGUGACUGGUCUGUUCCUCACCGGCUCUGCUUGGCGUUUGUCAGCUGACCCAUUCUGCAGUAACUGGGUCAGGCGGAGGACUGUACAGACUGGCCUGGGUCAGGCGGAGGACUGUACAGACUGGCCUGGGUCAGGCGGAGGACUGUACAGACUGGCCUGGGUCAGGCGGAGGACUGUACAGACUGGCCUGGGUCAGGCGGAGGACUGUACAGACUGGCCUGGGUCAGGCGGAGGACUGUACAGACUGGCCUGGGUCAGGCGGAGGACUGUACAGACUGGCCUGGGUCAGGCGGAGGACUGUACAGACUGGCCUGGGUCAGGCGGAGGACUGUACAGACUGGCCUGGGUCAGGCGGAGGACUGUACAGACUGGCCUGGGUCAGGCGGAGGACUGUACAGACUGGCUCCAGGGGGAAGCCCAGGGUCUCCCGCACGAGGCCCGCAGUGACGGGGGAGGCGCGAGCGGCCUUCAUAUCGUUCCUGAUUCUGGUUCUGAUUCUGGUUCUGGUUCUGGUUCUGGUUCUGGUACUUCCUGGAUUUCAAGGACAUGUCUGCACCAGUCACCAUUUUUUUAAAAGAUGCUUCAGAUACAAUCACCCUGCCCCCCUGUCAAUCACCCUGCCCCCCCUCAGAUAGUGAGUGUCAA